AUGUCAGCUCUGUCUUCGCCCGCCGCGCAAGCCGCCGCGGUGAAGAAGAAGCACGUUCGCUUUGCUAGCAUGGACGACGACGACGACGACCACGAGGAGCAGGAAGAAGACACCUUGUUUGACAAAAGGAAGGAUGCGGAGCGAGGCGGUCUCAAGAGUGCGCUGAAGGCGGCCAAGAGGAGGACGAAACCGGGAAGCGGCGAGCGGGUGAAAGUGGUCGACGGUGGGCGAGGGGGCGGAUACACAGCUUGCGGCCGCUGGAUGGUCAGCCUCACUCUCUGCGCAUCCUUUCUCGGCCUGGGGAUGGGCAUCUCAGUGGUUGGACCUACGUUCGAGGACCUGGCUUUGAACGUAAAUACGGACAUAAGCAAUAUCUCCUACAUCUUCAUUGGCCGAUCUGCGGGCUAUAUUGGCGGCUCACUCUUAGGAGGUGUCCUUUUUGACUGCAUGAACCCAAAUCUGCUGCUCGGGUUUUCUAUGCUGAUCACGGCCUGUGGAAUGUGUGCUAUCCCUUUCUGCAAACAUGCUCUGCUCCUCACCGGCUUUAUGUCCAGCAUUGGUAUCUCCAUGGGGAUUCUGGAUACAGGUGGGAAUGUCCUCAUACUGAAUACGUGGGGAGCUCAGGCUGGACCUCACAUGCAGGCUCUCCACUUCAGCUUUGCAGCGGGUGCCUUUGUGUCACCAAUCAUAGCCAAACUUCUGUUCGGGCACAACACGGCCGGCGGCCACGGCGUGGACAUCAUGCCAAAAAACUCUACGAACUCCCCCGUGGCGUUGCCUAUCGCCACCGACGACCACACCCUCAUCCAGUUCAUCCACGGCAGCGGCGACAACCUCAAAUCCAUGUGGGCUUACAUUGUAAUCGGAUUGUUUGUCCUCCUCACUUCCUUCCCGUUCUUCGUUCUUUGCGUUCGCGGCGGCACGUCACACGACAAAGCCCGCGCGUCAUCGGCGAAGCACCCGGUGGCCAGACACCACACGGCGCUGGUCGUCCUGCUCUUCUUCUUCUUCUUCGCCUACGUCGGCGCCGAAGUGGCCUACGGCUCCUUUAUUUUCACCUUCGCCAAGGAUUAUGCUCAAAUGAAUCAGGCGCAAGCGGCAGGGCUCAAUUCCUUAUUCUGGGCGACGUUUGCCGCUUGUCGGGGCUUGGCUAUCUUCUUCGCUUCCUGCAUGUACCCGGGUACCAUGAUACUACUCAGCCUGGUUGGCACCACGUUGUCCUCACUCUUUCUCUGCCUCUUCAGCAAGGAUAAAAUCAUGCUGUGGGUGUGUACCGCUCUAUACGGCGCUUCCAUGUCCUCCACCUUCCCUAGCGGAAUUUCCUGGUUGGAGCAAUACACCACCGUGACGGGCCGUUCAGCGGCCGUGUUUGUGGUGGGCGCCGCUCUGGGCGAGAUGGUGUUGCCCGGUCUCGUCGGGUUCCUACUCGGGAAAAUUCACGGACACCCCCUGCUCAUGUACCUGGCGCUGAUCACUGCUACCUUCACCGCAAUCAUUUUCCCAGUCAUGUACAAGUUAGCUUCUGUAUCCGCCGGUCCGAUUAGGAAACGACACGGGAUCGGGCGGCUUAAUGCUGACGACAGCGAAUACCGACAGGCGCUGCUGGAUUCCGGAGAGCUGGACGAGGAAGAAGAGGAGGAGAACGAGGCGGAUCAGUGGAACGACGCAGACUUUGAAGUCAUUGAAAUGGACGACGCCGCAAGCCUUAUAAGUUCACCCGGUAAAGACGGUUCUCCGCCGGAUAUCGGUAGCGAUAGCGGCUUAUUGACCUCCGGCGCCCAGCUGACGGAACCUGCAAAGGGUUCCUCAUCGUCAGACACCAUCUCCCUAGUGGGAGAUUCACCUAAACGCAAACUGCUGCUUUUCCCUGACAGAGUUAAGAGAGACUAA